AUGCAUGGAGCCAACAGCUCCAGCCUGUCCCCCAGAUACUUCAUCCUCAAUGGGAUUCCGGGGCUGGAGGCUGCACACGUCUGGAUCUCCCUGCCAUUCUGCCUCAUGUACUUCGUCGCUGUCAUGGGCAACUGUGGGCUCAUCUAUCUCAUCAUCCAUGAGGAGCCCCUGCACCGGCCCAUGUACUACUUCCUGGCACUGCUGUCCCUUACAGAUGUUAGUGGGUGCACUUCAUUUGUCCCCAAUAUGUUAUGUAUCUUUUGGUUCAGUCUCAAAGAGAUUGAUUUUAAUGCCUGCCUUGUACAAAUGUUUUUCAUCCACAUGUUGACGGGCAUGGAGUCUGGGGUGCUCAUGCUUAUGGCUCUGGACCGCUAUGUGGCCAUUUGUUACCCUCUGCGCUACUCCACCAUCCUCACCAACACUGUAAUUGCCAGGGUGGGCCUUGCCACCUUUACUCGAAGUGUGUUGCUCAUAACCCCAUUCAUGUUCUUGAUCAAACGCCUUCCCUACUGCAGGGGCAACCUCAUCCACCACACCUACUGUGACCAUAUGGCUGUGGCCAAAUUAUCCUGUGGCAACAUCAAGAUUAAUGCGAUCUAUGGUCUCAUAGUGGCCAUUUUUAUUGGGGGGUUUGAUAUGGUCUGUAUCUCUAUGUCUUACAUCAUGAUUGUCCGAGCUGUAGUGAAUCUGUCAUCUGCAGAUGCUCGACACAAAGCCUUCAGCACCUGUACAUCGCAUAUAUGUGCUAUUGUCAUCACCUAUGUCCCAGCCUUCUUCAACUUCUUCACCCACCGUUUUGGGGGCCACACCAUACCUCACCAUAUACACAUUUUUAUAGCCAACCUGUACCUGUUGUUGCCUCCUACCUUGAAUCCAAUAGUCUAUGGAGUGAAGACCAAGCAGAUCCGUGAAGGAGUCAUCAAAUUGUUUUAUAGAGAAAAAGAUAUUUUGAGUGUGAGAUGA